UUUGUCCCACUCGGCUUUCUGUAGUAUUGAUGUGGCUCAGAGUUCCACGUCAUUGGUAAGAAGAAGCAGAGGAGACGCAGCAGACAGAAAAAGGCUGAAAAGGUACGAGUACGUGCGAAAAGGAGCGUUGAAGCGACACGUUAAAGGGAGUGGCCAAACGAACACUGACCCACACACCCUAAGGAAGGACUGAAGCCACCGGCACCAUGACCGCUGCCGAGAACGUGUGUUACACCCUCAUAAACGUCCCCACCGACUCAGAACCUCCCACUGAGAUCAGCCUCAAAGCAGAUUUGGAAAAGGGGGAGAUCAAGGCAAAGACCGAGGCGCUGAAGAAGGUGAUCAUCAUGAUCCUGAACGGGGAGAAGCUUCCGGGUCUUCUGAUGACCAUCAUCCGCUUCGUCCUGCCGCUGCAGGACCACACCAUAAAGAAGCUGCUGCUGGUGUUCUGGGAGAUCGUGCCCAAGACCACCCCCGACGGCAAGCUGCUGCAGGAGAUGAUCCUGGUGUGCGAUGCCUACAGGAAGGACCUGCAGCAUCCCAACGAGUUCAUCCGCGGCUCGACCCUGCGCUUCCUGUGCAAGCUGAAGGAGGCCGAGCUUCUGGAGCCGCUGAUGCCAGCCAUCCGAGCCUGCCUGGAGCACAGGCACAGCUAUGUGCGCAGGAACGCUGUGCUAGCCAUCUACACCAUCUACAGGAAUUUUGAAAAUCUGAUCCCAGACGCUCCAGAGCUAAUCCACGAUUUCCUGGUGAACGAGAAGGACGCCAGCUGCAAGAGGAACGCGUUCAUGAUGUUGAUACACGCUGACCAGGACAGAGCGCUGGACUACCUGAGCACCUGCAUUGACCAGGUGCACACAUUUGGAGACAUCCUUCAGCUGGUCAUCGUGGAGCUGAUCUACAAGGUGUGCCAUGCCAACCCCUCUGAGCGCGCACGCUUCAUCCGCUGCAUCUACAACCUGCUGCAGUCCUCCAGCCCCGCCGUGAAGUACGAGGCUGCGGGGACGCUAGUCACGCUGUCCAGCGCACCUACCGCCGUCAAGGCUGCUGCUCAGUGCUACAUCGACCUGAUCAUAAAGGAGAGCGACAACAACGUGAAGCUGAUCGUCCUGGACCGGCUGAUCGAGCUGAAGGAGCAGCCUGCCCACGAGCGCGUGCUGCAGGACCUGGUGAUGGAUAUCCUGCGGGUUCUGAGCACGCCCGAUCUGGAGGUCCGGAAGAAGACCCUGCAGCUGUCCCUGGACCUGGUCUCAUCCCGGAACGUGGAGGAGCUGGUGAUCGUGCUGAAGAAGGAGGUGAUAAAGACCAACAACGUGACGGAGCACGAGGACACGGACAAGUACAGGCAGCUGCUGGUGCGCACCCUCCACUCCUGCAGCGUCCGCUUCCCCGACAUGGCCGCCAACGUCAUCCCCGUGCUGAUGGAGUUCCUGAGCGACACGAACGAGGCGGCGGCGGCUGAUGUCCUGGAGUUCGUGCGUGAGGCCAUCCAGAGGUUCGACAGCCUGAGGCCGCUCAUCAUCGAGAAGAUGCUGGAGGUCUUCCAUGCCAUCAAGACCGUCAAGAUCUACAGGGGUGCGCUUUGGAUUCUGGGAGAGUACUGCAGCACCAAGGAGGACAUCCAGAGCGUGAUGACAGAGGUCCGCAGGUCCCUGGGAGAGAUCCCCAUCGUGGAGAGUGAGAUAAAGCGGGAGGCAGGAGAGGUGCGGCCGGAAGAGGAGGUUUCCGUGGCGCCCGCCCAGAAGCUGGUGACGGAGAUGGGCACCUACGUCACACAGAGCGCGCUCAGCUCAUCCCGGCCCUCCAAGAAAGAAGGGGACAGGCCUCCUCUGCGGGGGUUCCUGAUGGACGGUGAUUUCUACGUGGCGGCCUCACUGGCCACCACUCUGACCAAAGUGGCGCUGCGCUACAUGGCCCUGGUGCCGGACAAGAGGAAACAGAACUCCUUCGUGGCCGAGUCCAUGCUCAUCAUGGCCACCGUGCUGCACCUGGGCAAGUCGUCGCUGCCCAAGAAGCCCAUCACGGACGACGACGUGGACCGCAUCUCGCUGUGCCUGAAGGUGCUGUCCGAGUGCUCGCCCCUCAUGGACGACAUCUUCAACAAGCAGUGCCGCAAGUCCCUGUCCCACCUGCUCAACGUGCGGCUGGAGGAGGAGAAGAUCUCGCAGAAGAAAGAGUCGGAGAAGCGCAACGUGACGGUGCAGGCGGACGACCCCAUCUCCUUCAUGCAGCUGACCGCCAAGAGCGAGAUGGCGUCCAAAGAGGACCUGUUCCAGCUGAGCCUCCUGGCUGCCAUGGGCAACACCCAGAGGAAGGAGGCCACUGACCCGCUGGCCUCCAAACUCAACAAGGUGACCCAGCUCACCGGCUUCUCGGACCCCGUCUACGCCGAGGCCUACGUCCACGUCAACCAGUACGACAUCGUCCUGGACGUGCUGGUGGUGAACCAGACCAGCGACACCCUGCAGAACUGCACCCUGGAGCUGGCCACCCUGGGUGACCUGAAGCUGGUGGAGAAGCCGUCCCCACUCACGCUGGCCCCCCACGACUUCGCCAACAUUAAGGCUAACGUGAAGGUGGCUUCCACAGAGAACGGCAUCAUAUUCGGCAACAUCGUGUACGACGUGUCCGGGGCUGCCAGCGACAGGAACUGCGUUGUGCUGAGUGACAUUCACAUCGACAUCAUGGACUACAUCCAGCCAGCCUCCUGCACCGACGCAGAGUUCCGCCAGAUGUGGGCCGAGUUUGAGUGGGAGAAUAAGGUGACGGUGAACACCAACAUCACAGACCUGAACGAGUACCUGCAGCAUAUCCUCAGCUCCACUAACAUGAAGUGCCUGACCCCAGAGAAGGCUCUGUCUGGCUUCUGCGGGUUCAUGGCGGCUAACCUGUACGCGCGCUCCAUCUUCGGCGAGGACGCCCUCGCCAACGUCAGCAUCGAGAAGCCCGUCCACCUGGGACCCGACUCGCCCGUCAGCGGCCACAUCCGCAUCCGGGCCAAGAGCCAGGGCAUGGCGUUGAGUCUGGGGGAUAAGAUCAACCUGUCCCAGAAAAAGAGCAAUGCGUAGGCCUGUCAAUCAAGAGGAAGGGCGGGGCCUGGACCCACUGCAGCUCAUCUCUCCACACUUUUAUACUGCACACCUCUGCGACAAGUCACAGAAUGCGAAGAGCCUGUGUGUGAGUGUGAGUGUGAGUGUGAGUGUGAGUGUGAGUGUGAGUGUGAGUGUGAGUGUGAGUGUGAGUGUGAGUGUGAGUGUGAGUGUGAGUGUGUAUGGGUGUGUGUGCGCGCGCAUGUGUGGGCACGUGUGCGUGUGUCUAUGCCUCUGUCUGUUUAGGUGUUGAGGGGUGAAUUCCACACCUCCAGAUGUCUCCUGUGUCAGCUUCUCUCAUACUGUCAGCAAAUAGUUUCUGCUUCUGCUGUACUCUCCACCCCUCUCUCUGGUUAAGUUACACUAAAUGUUGCAUACAAUAAAUGCAUUACCUUUAAA